AUGUCAUACACAAAUGGGAGCGGGGGAACACUUACGCUUCCCUCGCCGACGCAUGCCCACCGCGUCGACGUUAGCUCUGCGGUUCGAUCAUUGCGAAGGUCGCUUUCGAGAUCCCCCUCAAAAUUCAGGCUUUCAGGAACUACCUCUCCAACCCCAGAGCCCAGCGUCGGCUAUCACGCUUCGACGCCCUCAUUUUCAGGCCAGUUUGGAAUCACCCACAUUCACCAAACUUCAACCACCCCAACGGGACCCACACCACAGCCCCCGUUUUUGACACCACAACCCGCAGCCCUCGCGACUCCAUUUAAAUCCAACGCGAAGCUUUCAAUGCGCCCUGCGCGAUCCAAGGCAGUAACUGGACGACCUUUGUCGCGCACCCGCGUGUCGCCCAAAAGCCCCCUGAAACGGGUUUUUGGCCCUUCCCACGAUUCAGGAAAUCCGAUCCGGUCAUCGGUUUCUGGACCUGAAGCCCGUGGCCAGGAAAACCCCUCCUUCGCCGAGUUCGCGCUCACACUGAGCCCCGCAUCGCGUCGCAAUCUCGAGAAGCCGUCGCGUCACUCUAUGCACCUGGAUGUUUCUGGAUCAUCGAAGCACGGCCUGACUAAGUUUUUCGGAAGUAACGCCGAUUUGUUCUCCUCAACGUCUGUCAGCCCGCUAAAGCGGAGCGACGCGACAAUGAGUCUGGAUCAGACCGAUCCUGGCAGCCCGGUCGCAAAGCGACGCAGUCUCCAUGGCGUGUCCAGUUUGGGCAGCGAGUUCAGCAUAUUCGACUAUCGCCCUCCUGUGAUGCAGCAAGGAUGCGACAUACACGACGAGACGAACCACGAGUACCAGCUAACGGGUUCUUGCGUGCCGACCCAGUUUCGAGAGCCUCUUGCUUCUCCAACCCCGUCGGCCGUGCCCAAGCGGACGUCGUCGCUGCGAAAGAGCACAUUGCAACAACGGCAUGGCGACAGCCGGACGUCUUGGGGCCGGCGCGCGGGAGAAAAGCAGCUCGCGCAGAUCUCGAGCGAGCCUGCUGCCACACCUGCAGCCAGGAGCAGCAGACCUCGCCUAUCUCUCGACCAAUAUCUCCCCCCCGAUGAACGUGGAAGCCCAUUCACUUCGCAAUCUCCUCUUCCAAACCCGUCUAUCCACCCUGUCCAGCGGAACUCCGGCCAUCCUCACCCUUUGUCCCGGACGAUGACGCAGUCGUCUUCCGGCUCCAGCCUUCCUGACGACUCUCCCACCCACGUUCCGAUUCACGUUGGUGAGAAGCCACGAGUGCUACUGAACUUCUCCAAGUCGUUGCCUCCAGGCGCACCUCGUCCCAUCAACGACUCAGAGCCGGUAGCUACGCCACAGUAUAAGCGAGCCAAACCCUUUCAGGCAGCUUUCAUGUCUACGGGCUUGAUCUCGAAGAUGAACAGAAAUCCAGAGCUCGGACCGCCGCAGAAGCCGGGCGUGAAAGUUGCCAUGCCUGAUACGCCUUGCAAGAAGCAGCCCUACAACUCGGCGACAUACCCACCACAGUUUGGCAGUGGACGGCGAGGAUCGCGGCCAUCAUUUGGCAGCCCGUCAACACCGUUCGGGUCGACGCCUUUCGGUCCACCAUCGGGCCCGAUUCGGGGAAACCCUUUUGGGGUCCAAGACAAACCGAGCGGGCUCUUCUUCCAAGUGAGCUCUGGGCAUAAUCGGAAGUCCAGCUUGUUGGGCUUGGAUGGCGAUGACCAGACUGAGCUCCCUGGACAAUGCGACGACUUCCCACCGACCCCGACGAAGAACCUAUUCUUCAAAUCUUUCAGCACACCGGCGCAGGGCACACAGACACCAGCUGUCUCAAGGGCGUACCCCCGCACAACAUCGAUUUCUGGCUUGGGCAAUGAACAACCGGUUCCGAACUCGAGUUGUAAGUCUCAGACCCCUCACGAGACUCCCAGGGAUAGUGGGCAGAAACAGAAUGACCGGCCUCUCGAAGCCGUCGUUCGCCCUUCUACCCCAAAUCCUCGGGGCUCUCCGCGCUUGAGUCUUUCUCUCUCUUCUCUGGGUGGCUACCGGGCGCGGCAGAAGCUCUUUGCUACUCCAGUGCCACCCACCAAGUCCACUCCGUCGGUAUAUGUGGUGGAUAACCAGGCAAGGCUAUACGAAGUGGCCCAGACUGACCCUGCCGCUAUAGCGAGCCCUUUAAAUCUCGAAGACUUUGCGGUGGCUUCAUCACCACAGACUCCGCAGGAUUCCAUGGCGCCCCCUGACGCGAGUCGUCUAGCUAUCUCCAACUCUCGGGAUGGCGCGAGCCGAUCUGUUCGGCCACCUGCGACCCCAACGACACACUCGCGCCAGGUGAUGGAGGUUCCCAAUCGGCGAAUGAGCAUCACUCCUCAGAACGGCCAUGGCCCCAAAGACAUUGACGAAUCUUUGGUCCGUCGCUUUGAUACAUCAGAAGUGAUUGGAAAAGGCGAAUUUUCCCAGGUUUACCGGGUCGUGAAGUCGACCAUCCCCAUGUCGCUUUUUGUAGACACGCCGAGCAAACGCACUCCGUCUACUCCGGAUUACGAGGCAGUCUACGCAGUGAAGAAGGUACGCCUUCCGGCACACGGCGCAAAGGAACGCGAGUCCAAACUGCAUGAGGUUGCCAUCUUGAAGGCCUUGGGCAACUCCAUGCACAUCGUGCAUUACAUGGACAGCUGGGAGAUGAAUGGCUACCUCUAUAUCCAGACAGAAUACUGUACUGAGGGUAGCCUGGAUGGAUUCCUGAAGGCAGCCGGCCAGGCUGGAAGGUUGGACGACUUUCGAAUUUGGAAGAUCCUUUUCGAAAUCGACCAGGCGAGGUUUAUCCACCUCGACAUCAAACCCGCGAACAUCUUGGUCAAUUUUGAUGGCUAUCUAAAGAUAGCCGAUUUUGGCAUGGCCGCGCAGUGGCCGGCACCCAUGGGGAUUGACGGCGAGGGGGACCGCGAAUACAUCGGCCCCGAGAUCCUUCGGGGUCGGUUUGAUAAACCUGCAGACGUAUUCGCCCUUGGUCUCAUCAUCCUGGAGAUUGCCUGCAACGUUUAUCUUCCGGACAAUGGCCCAACCUGGCAGGCGCUCCGAAAUGCGGACAUGUCCAUGGUUCCGACUCUCACAUGUGGCAAGGCAAGCGCGAUUGUCCGAGAUGCCAACGGCGUUCCUAUUGAGCACGACUCGAAUAACGCCAACGCACAGGAAGGUGGGACUCCAAAGCCGAAAACGGGGCUCGGAGCCUACGGGAGGCGUCGCGGAUUCCCAUUUGAAGCCAUGACUCAUGAUCCGAGUAAUCUCUUUGGGCCACAGAAGAGAAGCGAGUUGUUGGAUCCGCCAACCUUUAUGACAGACCCGGCUGACGCCAAUUCGCUGGACAGCAUCGUCAAGUGGAUGAUCCAGCCCAACCCAGCCGAUCGCCCGACUUCCCAGAAGCUGCUGAUGUCGGCGCCUGUCUGUUGGGUGUCGUCCCGUCGGGCUGCCGGCGCGACUGUGUAUGAAGGCAACUGGGGCCCUCAGCCUGGACCAUCGGCUGAGGAGCUCGUCGAUACCGAGAUGACGGAUGUUUGAGAUCACGAUAUUGGCCUUCUGAUCUUGGAGCAUCCAUCUUUGCUCUGCGAGCCUAUAUCGCUCAGAUACUGGAUACAGCGUCACUUUGGGCGCGAAAUCACCAGGAGCAUAUGUGUGUCUACUACGGAACUUGAAUU